AUGUCCAAGGUGAGUGAACUGUUAGCUAAAAUUUCUAAGGAGCCUAAAUCAUGUUACCUCUUAGGAGACUUUAAUUUUGAUCUUUUAAAAUACCAACAACAUUCCUCGACAAGUAAGUUUUUAGACUGUAUGUUUUCCCAUAGUUUCCUUCCACUUAUUUCACAACCGACACGAAUUACAUCUCAUACUGCCACUCUCAUUGACAACAUUUUUACCAAUCACCUUCCUCAUGCUGCCAUAAUUGUUUUUUUUUUUUUACCGAUAUCUCUGAUCAUUUACCUAUAUUUACUUUGUUAUCACAGGCUAAAUCAGUACGUCCAAAAACUAGGGUAA